UCACACCUCUCCUUCUCCCUUUUCAAUUUUCUAUUGUAUCUUUAUAUUUUUUUAGUAGUUUUGCGAUUAACGUUAACUCGUAAGUUUAUUUUGUAUUACUUUUUAUUGUUAUUUUUUUAUUUUUGAUUUUUAUGAUAUUAACUGAACUACGAUUUUAUUGCAGAUGGCAUUCCAAAAGUUCACGCUUGGCUUACGGUGGAAUGGUUACAUGGAAGAGACCGGAAAAGGGGUCACCUACGUCGGUGGCAAUUUUCAGAAGAUAAAGGUUGCUACCAGACCGCUGCUUGAAGACCUCCAUCAAAUGUGCACUAACUUUACUUGCAUGGAUGACACGAGAAGAGUUGAUCGUAUGGUGUACCGAUAUCCAAACAGAGAAAGUGGGUCAUUGUGGCAUGAGGAAUAUCUCAUAACCACUCAGGAUGAGGUAGAUGCAAUACUCGAAUUCAUGAGGUCCAAUAAUCUUUCCAAAGCCGAGAUGUUCGUUUACACCGAGCCGGUCGUAGGCGUUGGAGGUCAUUCUGGACACGGUCAAACAUCUGGUUUCCAUGGUGGAGGUGAAUUAUAUGGCGAUCAUCCCUACACGGUCAACACUCGUUAGACUCUUAGAAGAGGUAUACAUCUUCUUAGAAACGAAGUCUUUUUGACAGAAAAAGGGGGGAUCCGAGGAUCUCUUAAUACCCGAUUUUCCUAGGGAAUGGGAGGAUAUGAUAAUCGCUUAACACCCCAUUUCCUUAGACGUGCAUCUCUUUAUAAAAAGUCGAAGUAAAUGGCGCUAUGUAUU